AUGGCAUCCUCAAAACCGACAGGUUAAGAAGGAAGAUGCCGAACUCAGAACUCACUCUCUUUUUUUGGGGGGGGGGGGAGUGUGUGUCAUACUCUAAAUUGUGUUCAUGAAAGUUCAGACACCCACAUAUCCAGCUGAAGAAAAUGCAGACCCAAAGCAAUUAAAAUAAGAAUACUGCUGGAAACUUUGCAAGUCCGAGGACUAGAUGUGCAUAGGAUUUUCCUGUAACUGCUUGCGGCAUUUUGUUUUGGAAGCAGAAGGGUGACUGGAACUGCCAUUGUAGAGGUUAUUAACAUUACUGUGUUUAUCAAGUGUUUAUCUCUCAUGACAGCACACCAUACAUUUUAAAGCAUUUUCUUGCACUUUCAGUUACCACCCGCCCCAUCCCUUGAAUCAUGGGUCAAUUCCCAACACCCGUAACAAACUACAGUUCCCAGCAUUCUUUAGGGGAAGCCAUGACUGUUGAAGUUGUAUAAUAGUGCUUUAAGUGUAUGGUGUGAGCCAGGGGCGCCAACUACCCCCCCCCAUUGAAGGGGUCUGGUGUCAUGUGACACGUCUGGCCCCUGCCCAGGGCAUAAGCACUCUCGAAUCAGCAAUGGGGAGAGGGGGCCCAGAGUGUGAUCUUCGCCCUCCUUGUGUCCCACCCAGCUUUGGCCCCCUCCAUAUUUUGGGGCAGGGGGCUGAGCCCCCCCCCCCCAAUAUUGAGAGGGUCACCAUCUCCUGCCACCACUGGGCAAGUGCUUGCCCAGUGGUGUCAGGGGAAGGGGGCACACAGAGUGAUCUUCACCCUCCCUGUAUUGCCCCUGCCCGGCACAUGACCGUCUCAAUAUUGGGGUGCUCAGCCCCCUGCCCACAAAUACUGAGGAGGCCCAAGCCCCUCUUGCCCCCUAUAAUUGCUGCCCCUGGUUUGAGCAGAGACCUUUCACUUCAUUUUGAGGUGAAACCAGAGAUACAAGGAAGUAAUAAGAGCAACCCAUCUCAUGGUCUUGGAACGAAAGCUGUCCAUGUAAACCAAUGGUGACAUCCAGGAUUUUAGCAUAGCUGUGAUCUGGAAGCAAUGUAUCUUCCAACAGCCACACCCACACCCCAAUCCACAAAAAGCAACCCCAAAGACUUCAUUGCCUUUCUAACUUGCCUUAAUUUUGUGGAUUUUUAUUUUUAAAAGCUAUUUAAACAUAGUUAAAAUGGCCCCAUCAAUAUCAACACUGCUGUCAUCUUCCUUUGCCCUCCAUUUUGAGGAAGGGAGACUUGUGGCUGUGAGGGAAUAGUUGACAUUAGAACUUUGCAGUGGAUUGCUCUGCUACUAUGGCAGGCUAGAAGGGGGGCUGAGGUUGGUUUCUGCAAGAAAAUACGUCUUGUUAUGGUAAAUAUGAUUCCGAAACCUCCUUCACACCCUUUCUCAGUUCAAAUCCGGGGCUCCUUCAUAUGCAGAAGGCUUGCAUUCCAUUUACUUGCAUGUAGAUGCUGUGCACAUUUAUAUCUUUUCAAAGCAACCCCUCCCUGCAAAAACCCACACUCUUUUAUCCAUUUGAAAUAAGACCCAAUUUAAGAAACAGUAUGAAUUCAUGUCUUUACUGCUAACUUUGGUUUUGAAGGAGAGGUGUGCUACACAGCCCUAUCAGAACUCAGCUAAAAUCUUGGAUUUCUUCAUUAAUUUCUAUAGGCACUUCUGCCUCAGGGAAGGGGGAAAAAACCCUCAACAGCUCAGUGGGUGAAGUUGAGCCUUGUGGGUGAGUCUCUAUUAAGUCUAUGGGUGGGACUGUGGAACUUUAUUUCCCUGCUCAGUCAAGCCUUCCUACACAGUGCCACUUAGUAAUUACAAUCAAUAUUACUGCUCUUGAGAAAUGACAUACGCUCCAACAUUUCUCUGAGGAAAAUAGGGACGUCCAGUGCUAUUUUUCUAGAAAAAAGAAGUGCCGCAACUCACCACGAACACCUCCGUCAUUCUCUUAGAAUGGCAAUGGCGCCCACCUAAGAGGUGAGUACUGGCUGAAAAAAAGCCAUGGGGAUGUCUUUUUCCAUACCCUCCAACAUUUCUACAAUGAAAGUAGAUGACCUAAGGAAAAGCGGGACCUUCCAGGAUUAAAUCAGAAACCGGGACGGCUUCUGUAAAGCGUGUUCUCCUUCAUGGAGAGCACGUGAUGCGGUGGGGUCUGCUGAGCCACCCCUCUGUUACCAGGCAGGGUCUCUAAAUAUGGCCUGGGGCAGUGAUUGGUUCACUGGGUUGCUGGGGUAAAAGUUAUGUUGCAAUUUUGGUGGGAGGGGUAAAAUGUUUAAAUACUCUGCACGCAGCCUGGAGCUUUCUCUUUGCUGCGUGCAGCGGAUCACCCGCCCACCCGCCCUUGAGUAAGGGGUUGUUCGCUUUGACCUUGCUAUGCCUGUCAUGGGGUCGUCUGCCGUUGGGGCAGGGGCCUGGUAGGAAUUUUGUCCAUCUGGCUGAUUGGCUGGGCCAUUUGGUUUUUGCCUACUGCGUAGCAAAUCGUCACAACUUGUAAGGUUGCGGUUAGGCAUUGGUUAUAAAUUGGUGGAGGAGGGGUUAGGAUAGGCUGGGCCUGCCCCUCCAUGGUUGCUGCAGAAAGGGAAUUCCGUUAAAGGAAUCCUGGGGCUUGCCAUCUUUUCGUCCAAUCCCUGGAAUGGGACUAGGGCCGGCAAGCCUUCAGGGAGCAUGCGGAUGAGAAUUGAGGGUCUGUGACUCAGCUCCAUUUCUCCCCGACUUGCUUUCCCCCGCACUGUCUUUCGGUGGUGCCCGGAAGUCAGUUCUGUCCCCAGGCGGGGGGACAGACAGUCUUAACCAAUGCCUAAACAACCACUCACAGUUUUGUAUUUAAAUAAAGUUGUGGCCAAAAUUAUGCCCAAAACCUUAAACAAAAAUUAAGUGUGCGUUGUGAGUUAUUUGGGGGGUGGCUUGGGGACCUCGACACGCAAAUCCAGGCCUACCCCUGGAAAUUAGGGACAAUUGGAGGAUCUGAUAUUACUGUGAUUUAAUUAUUCUGUCGAUACUAUUAGUCACCUUGCAUUUCCUUUGCAAAGGAAAUAACUUGAUUGAAUAAUAUUAGAACGAAGUUCAUUGGCGUGAUUGCCAAGCUAAGGCCCAGCUCAAAGAUAGGCUGACACUUUCGUUGGCUUCUGUCACUUUUCUCCCCCUUUCCCUUCUCCUCUCCUAGACCUCUCAUUAUUCUAUAUUCUCUUUUUCUCUCACACCUGAUUUCUUAAUAUUUCCUCAGUGGCCUGCUGUGCUGAGUGUGUGUGAUCUCUUGUCAUACCAGUUUUUCUAUUCAGUGAUGUUUUAAUGAUUUGUUUAAAUCCCUCUCCUAGUACUUCAGGGCGAGAUCAGUGUUUCCUUUCCAACUGACUUUACUGACUAAAUUGCAGCCUCUUGAUUGUUUCCUUGGUAAUUUUUUGAAUCUGCAGCAUUGACUAGCAUCCUUUUGGCUGCUUCUAGGCAGGACAAGGUAGGGCCUACAGGCCUCUGGUGUCACAAAGGUGUCCUUAGAAGACCUGAACAACAUGAUUCUGGUUUAUUUCGGUUAGCCCAGACUGAUGUCCAGCAGGAACCAAGAACUAAAUUCUAGCUAAUUAUCUCACUUCUGAUGAGUAAAAUAAUACCUUUUAAAUUGUGUUUUUAUGUAUCCUACUUCUGCUCCGAGGUGCUCAAAGCAGCUGGCAUGGGGUUUCACCCUAUUUCAUCCCCACAGGUAGGUUAUUGGACUAAAGCACUCAGUGGAUUUUGCUACGGAGCAGGAAUUUGUACCUGGGUCUUCCCAGUCUAGUGCUAUGCCCAAUAUACAUAACCUCAUUUCAUAUUGUGGAUUUUCACCACCCCAUUGUUGCUCUUUUGCUCCUUAUUUCAGGUACUUCUGUUAUCCAAGUGACAGCUACAGAUGCUGAUGAUGCUAACUAUGGCAACAGUGCCAAAGUUGUUUACAGCAUCCUCCAGGGCCAGCCAUACUUCGCAGUGGAUCCAGAAACAGGUGAGAAUGUCUAUUGACUUGGCUUCCUUUUAUUUACGCCAGCUCUGCUUUAUUCUAAUUAUCUGGAGUUGUUGUCAGUCCUUUUAGUAUUUCUUUCUUAUAUUGUCACCCAUUUUUCUUUUGGUUUUUUUCAAAGGCUUUUCAUUGAUAUAUUCAUAUACUGUACUAUUCAUGCUCAUCUGUUAUUUGGUUGGAGCAGUUACUUCUGACUCCACCUUUUUGGGGGGGAAGAGGGGUCCUUGGACAAGGUAUGCUCUGCGGCCCCUAGUAACCUAGAAGAGGCAGGUUGAACAAAAAGAGUACCAGCCCAAAUUUAAGUGCACCAGAGUGCACCAGAGUGGAAACCUCAGCAGCGAGGGCCUAUCCCUGGCCUCACCUCUCCCUCCAAGCCACCGUGGAUUGACACAAUUCAAACCAGGGCUUGGUGGGAACUCUGCAAGCAUCGUGGAGGUCAGGGGAAAGGGCCAACAGCCCAAACAAACAUGAUGUGGCUCCGAGGGAAGGCAGGAGCCAUCAUGCCAGGUUGCAGGUGCUGCCCACUAUUGGACCAGGUAAACGGGCAUUCUUUGGUUGAAGAAGUUACUGCUGACUCCACCUUUGCAGUGGCACAGGGGUCCUUGGACAAGACAUGGAAGAGACAGGUUGAACAAACAGCAAAUUUCCUCAUAAUGUCUCUUCUUAUGUGUGUCGCACAAAAUAGCAACAACAAUGCUUUUUGGUUGGAGGGACAUUUGCUGAUUUCAAGCCCCCAUCAAAUGCCCAGUUUGCAUCCUCUUCUGGCUCUGUGACAAAGCCAUACUGCAGCCACACUGUGAACUAUAGAAGGACAGCUGAUUCAUAAACCUGGUUGUCUGGCUUCAUUUGCAUAUCAUUUACAUGAGCGUGGCAAAUGCCAAGCCGCAGCUGCUGGAUGCUGCAUCGGCUGUGUGAUAUUUUGGAAUAGCUGAUGCAAAAUGAGAGCAAGAGGCAGGGAAUGGAACCUUCUGAGCCAGCUCAAUAAAAGUCAUGACCCACUUUCAGAAACCAUACUAUUUGGGGGAAAAAAGAGGAAGGAGGGAAAAUGCCCUGUGAUUUCUAAAUUGCACAGAGCCCAAUCAGAGCACAAAUGAUGAAAUUGAUAAUGGGUGGAAAGAGUGCAUUGAAAUGAAGGAAGCUGCAUGCUGUUUUCCUACCAUCCCAAACCUCACCUUCUCAUUCCAUCCUGGCUGUUCCAAAAACCAUCAAGGUUAGGCAGCCAUCUUUUGGGGGCGGGGAAUAUUUCCCCUGGUUAGGUAUUCCCAUACAUACUGAAAAAUGACAAAGUACAGCAAAAUGGCUGUAAGAGUGGAAGAGUGAACUGUAUUGCUUCAGACUGUAGUUGGUGGGUACUGGUUUGGAUUGCUGCCCCUCCCCUGGUGUAACAAUAUGGCAUGGCUGUGACCCUAAUUUGUGUGUAGGAAAGUGGCACAGCAAACAAACAAACAAAAGCUUAGCACAUCCUUUUCCUUGAUGUGUGCAUUUCCUAUUUACAUGCAUUUAUAUAUAUAUUUUUUAAAAAUGUGGUCCCUCCUUAGCUAUAGUCUGAACUGUUGUUGUUGUUAGUGCUUAAAAAAAAAAGUUUAGGGGGAACUCUCAUUUUCCUGCUCAUAUUGAAAUACUGCCCCUAAGUGAGGCCAAACUUAGAUUCACAAAAUGUUUAGGGGUAUGUGUACCCCUGCGUCCCCUCAGAAAAAAGCACUGAUUAUUAUUAUUCCUCCACCAUAUUCAGCUGCACGUAUAGUUUCAGUCCCUGCCAUGAUUUUGGAGAGGGCUGCAAACUCCUGUUCAUUGCAGCCUUUCAUCUUAAAUGGAAAAAUAACCACCAGUCAAAGUUGUUGUUGUUUUCAGAAAGCUUUCAUUAUGACAGAGGUUGCAGGGCAGCAGUUGAAGAAGGAGCAAAAAGGGUUUUCUUGUGUGUGUGUGUGUGUGUGUGUUUCUUUGUGGCUGAUUGGCUGCUCUCCCUGUGCAAAGGUCAGAGGGGGCAGGGUUUCUGUUGAGGCAAGUGAUUAGCUGUGGGAGGAGCUUAUCAGAGGUUGCAGGGCAGCCGUUGAAGAAGGAGCAAAAAGGGUUUUCUUGUGUGUGUGUGUGUGUGUUUCUUUGUGGCUGAUUGGCUGCUUUGAUCCAUCUUUUAGAUUUAGGGGAGCUAGUCUCAAACGUUUGUUGGGGGAGACCUAGGGUUUUUUUUUGUGGGGGGAGUUAUUUUUCCUGUCUUCACGCUUUUUAUGAUGGAGGACCGCUGUAGCCACCCCCAACGACACGUUCUCAAGAUGGAGGGGGAGGGAACAGCUGCAGUCGCCUGCGGUUCCUGCGCAAUGUUUGCCAUCUUGCCAAAGGUUGCAGGCAGCUUUACCUGCAGCAAUUGCAUGUUGAUUGCCCUCUUAAAAGACAAAGUCCAGCAACUGGAGGAACGUGUAGCUACGCUCCAAAGAAUUAGGGAGCUGGAGCUCUUCUUGGAAGCAACAGAGCACACCGUCUCCACCAAGGAGGAGACAGGGGACUCCCUGAGAAGGACGCUAGUACACCAACACAGGAGCCAGAUAUAUGGAGAAACGUGACUCAAAGAAGUAGGAGGCCCAGGGUUCGCUCUGAUUGUUUAGAAAUAUACAAUCGCUUUGAGGUCCUCUCCCCUAGCAUGGAAGACGAAGAGCAGACUCCAUUGAGGAUCAAAACCACAUUACAGUCGAUCAGGUAUAUGAAGACGAGCAGCAAAGUCAGUCCUCAGGGAAUGUGCAGGCGACCUUGGAGCGGACAGCUCAUGGAAGAACCCCGACCAAACCUAAGAGGAGGCGUGUAGUGGUGAUAGGGGAUUCCCUACUGAGGGGAACAGAAGCAGUGAUCUGUGGGCCUGACAAGAUGUCUCGGGAAGUGUGCUGUCUCCCGGGGCUAAGAUCCAAGAUGUAACUGAACGACUGCAAGGAAUCAUAAAACCCACUGACAAAUACCCCUUCCUCUUGGUUCAUGUGGGAACCAAUGACACUGCAAGCAAUAGCCUCCAGAAGAUCAAAAGAGACUACGAGGCUCUGGGCAGGAAAUUGAAGCAAUUAAAUGCACAAAUUGUGAUCUCAUCUGUCCUCCCAGUUGAACGACGUGGCCCAGGGAGAGAGGGGAAAAUAGUGGAAGUGAACAGCUGGCUUCGCAAAUGGUGUAAACAGGAACGGUUUGGAUUCUUAGAUCACGGACUGCAGUUUCUUGAAGAUGGACUUCUGGCAAGCGAUGGGCUGCACCUCACAACGGUUGGGAGAAAUGUUUUUGCCAAAAAUCUCAGAAACCUCAUCAGGAGGGCUUUAAACUGACUAAUGUGGGGAGGGAGACAGUGCUCCUGAAGGUAGGAGUCUAUCAAUUGAUGAAGAUGAUCAACCAAAUGUCAUAGACCAAAUGGCGCAACCAGCACACAGACCUAGUGGUGGGAGGAAAAAUCCUUAAAUAAGAGGCACGGGGAAAUGAUUAAUGGACUUCGGUGUCUGUACACUAAUGCGCAAAGCAUGGGAAAUAAACAAGAUGAGCUUGAGCUCUUGGUACAGCAAACUAAAUAUGACAUAAUAGGCAUCACUGAAACCUGGUGGGAUAAGUCCCACGAUUGGAAUGUAAUAAUGGGGGGGAUACAAUCUAUUUCAGAGAAACAGACCAGACAAGAAAGGAGGAGGAGUGGCGUUAUAUGUCAGGGAUGUGUAUACCUGUGAAGAGAUCCAAGAUUUAGAACCUCAAAGCCAAAGUGAGAGCAUUUGGGUCAAAAUUAAGGGAGAGAAGAAUAACAGGGACCUCAUUGUGGGAGUUUACUAUAGAUCCCCAAGCCAAACGGAGGACAUAGAUGAUGCCUUCCUGGAACAGAUGGCCAAGCAUGCAAAAGGAAGGGAGAUAGUAGUAAUGGGGGACUUCAAUUACCCGGAUAUUUGUUGGAUGUCAAACUCAGCCAAGAGCAUAAGGUCAAACAGAUUCCUCACUGGCCUUGCAGACAACUUCAUUGUCCAGAAAGUGGGAGAAGCAACAAGAGGAACAGCCAUUUUAGAUCUGGUCCUAACCAAUGUUGAUGACCUGGUUAGUGGGGUAGAAGUGGAAGGAUCAUUAGGCGCGAGUGAUCAUGCUCUUCUGAAGUUUACUAUACAGCGGAAAGGAGCAGCCAAGCAUACUAGGACUCAAUUUCUUGACUUUAAGAAAGCUGACUUCAUAAAACUUAGGGAAGUGCUGGGUGAGAUCCCAUGGACAGUAAUACUAAAAGGAAAGGGAGUUCAUGAUGGCUGGGAGUUUGUUAAGAGGGAGAUACUAAAAGCACAACGUCAGGCAAUACCAAUGAGACAGAAACAUGGAAGGUGCCUAAAGAAGCCAGGGUGGCUAUCUAAAGAACUUUUAACUGAGUUAAGAUUAAAAAAGGAUGUGUACAAGAAAUGGAAAAGGGGGGAAACCACCAAAGAGGAAUUCAAACAAAUAGCCAGCACGUGUAGACACAAAGUCAGAAAAGCUAAAGCACAGAAUGAACUCAGGCUUGCUAGAGAGGUUAAAAGCAACAAACAGGCUUUUAUGGGUAUGUUCGUAGCAAAAGGAAGAACAAAGAAACAGUGGGGUCACUCAGAGGAGAAGAUGGUGAAAUGCAAACAGGGGACACAGAAAGAGCUGAACUCCUCAAUGCCUUCUUUGCCUCAGUCUUCUCCGAUAAAGAAAACAAUGCCCGACCUGAAGAAUUUGGAGCAAAUGAUUCAGCAAAGGAAACACAGCCCAGAAUAACUAAGGAGAUAGUACAAGAAUACUUGGCUAGUUUAGAUGUAUUCAAGUCUCCAGGGCCAGAUGAACUGCAUCCAAGAGUAUUAAAAGAACUGGCAGAUGUGAUCUCAGAACCACUGGCAGUCAUCUUUGAGAAUUCCUGGAGAACAGGCGAAGUCCCGGCAGACUGGAGGAGGGCAAAUGUUGUCCCUAUUUUCAAAAAGGGGAAAAGAGAGGACCCAAAUAAUUACCGCCCAGUCAGUCUGACAUCAAUACCAGGGAAGAUUCUGGAGCAGAUCAUUAAGCAAACAGUCUGUGAGCACCUAGAAAGGAAUGCUGUGAUCACCAAUAGUCAGCAUGGAUUUCUGAAAAAUAAGUCAUGUCAGACUAACCUGAUCUCGUUUUUGACAGAAUUACAAGCCUGGUAGAUGAAGGGAACGCAGUGGAUGUAGCCUACCUUGAUUUCAGCAAGGCAUUUGACAAGGUGCCUCAUGAUAUUCUUGUAAAGAAGCUGGUAAAAUGCGGUCUUGACUAUGCUACCACUCAGUGGAUUUGUAACUGGCUGACUGACCGAACCCACAGGGUGCUCAUCAAUGGUUCCUCUUCAUCCUGGAGAAGAGUGACUAGUGGGGUGCCACAGGGUUCUGUCUUGGGCCCGGUCUUAUUCAACAUCUUUAUCAACGACUUGGAUGAUGGACUCAAGGGCAUCCUGAUCAAAUUUGCAGAUGACACUAAAUUGGGAGGGGUGGCUAACACCCCAGAGGACAGGAUCACACUUCAAAACGACCUAGACAGAUUAGAGAACUGGGCCAAAACAAACAAGAUGAAUUUUAACAGGAGAAAUGUAAAGUAUUGCACUUGGGCAAAAAAAAUGAGAGGCACAAAUACAAGAUGGGGGACACCUGGCUUGGGAGCAGUACAUGUGAAAAGGAUCUAGGAGUCUUGGUUGACCACAAACUUGACAUGAGCCAACAGUGUGACGCGGCAGCUAAAAAAGCCAAUGCAAUUCUGGGCUGCAUCAAUAGGAGUAUAGCAUCUAGAUCAAGGGAAGUAAUAGUGCCACUGUAUUCUGCUCUGGUCAGACCUCACCUGGAGUACUGUGUCCAGUUCUGGGCACCACAGUUCAAGAAGGACACUGACAAACUGGAACGUGUCCAGAGGAGGGCAACCAAAAUGGUCAAAGGCCUGGAAACGAUGCCUUAUGAGGAACGGCUAAGAGAGCUGGGCAUGUUUAGCCUGGAGAAGAGGAGGUUAAGGGGUGAUAUGAUAGCCAUGUUCAAAUAUAUAAAAGGAUGUCACAUAGAGGAGGGAGAAAGGUUGUUUUCUGCUGCUCCAGAGAAGCGGACACGGAGCAAUGGAUCCAAACUACAAGAAAGAAGAUUCCACCUAAACAUUAGGAAGAACUUCCUGACAGUAAGAGCUGUUCGACAGUGGAAUUUGCUGCCAAGGAGUGUGGUGGAGUCUCCUUCUUUGGAGGUCUUUAAGCAGAGGCUUGACAACCAUAUGUCAGGAGUGCUCUGAUGGUGUUUCCUGCUUGGCAGGGGGUUGGACUCGAUGGCCCUUGUGGUCUCUUCCAACUCUAUGAUUCUAUGAUUCUAUGAUUCUAUGACAGAUGUAACCAUUUUUGUUUUUUCCCCCCAGAAGGAUAAUUACAUUGAUUUAGUGCCAAUUUAAAAACACUGAGUAAUGGGAGCUUCUUGUUUCCCUCUUUUCUUGCUGUGACAUUAAACUAGUCAUGGACUGAAAGCCUUAUUUCAGUGCAUACACCUUCAAUUUUGUUUAUUUACUGUGGAUUAACUGGCACAGCAUAUCUGACACAAAUCCAUUUUAAUACUCUCCUUCGACCUACUCCCACCUUCAAUCUCAUAUUUCCUCCCCCUCUUCUCUUCCCUAUAAGGCAUCAUCAAGACUGCUUUGCCCGAUAUGAGCCGAGAAAACCGAGAGCAGUACCAAGUGGUCAUCCAGGCAAAAGACAUGGGCGGCCAGAUGGGCGGAUUAUCAGGAACUACAACGGUGAACAUCACGCUGACCGACGUCAAUGACAAUCCGCCUCGAUUCCCCCAGAGUAUGAACCAUUUAAUACUUCAGAUGUGUUCAAAAAGCCUCUUUAAACUCUGUUGUUCAAGCUUCACCAUCUGGGGACGUAAAUGCAGAUGCACUUCUGAUGUUGCAGCUAUUUAAGGUCACACAGGAACAUACAUAAUACAUAUAUAUAUAUAUAUAAUAUUUCCAAAGGAAAUAAACAAUGUUAACUCCCAUAAUAGUGUUAGGUCUACAAGCAAAAACAAACAAACCAACAAAAACUAGAGGUGCACAAAGCUUUGCUGCUUGUAGAAUUAUAAUCAUCAUCAUUUUAUUAUUUAUAUGCCGCCCAUCUGACUGGGUUGCCCCAGCCACUCUGAGCGGCUUCCAACAAAAUAUUAAAAACACAAUAGAACGUCAACCAUUAAAAACUUCCCUGAGCAGGGCUGCCCUCAGAUGUCUUCUAAAAGUCAAAUAGUUGUUUAUCUGUUUGACAUCUGGUGGGAGGGCGUUCCACAGGGCGGGUGCCACUACGAAGAAGGCCCUCUGCCUGGUUCCCUGUAACCUUGCUUCUCUCAGUGAGGGAACCACCAGAAGGCCCUCGGAGUGUCCGGGCUGAAUCAUGGGGGUGGAGACGCUCCUUCAGGUAUACUGGGCCAAGGCCAUUUAGGGCUUUAAAGGUCAGCACCAACACUUUGAACCACUACCAAGAAGACCCUUUGCCUGGCUCCCUGUAGCUUCACUUCUAACAGUGAGGGAACUUCUAGGAAGCCCUUGGAGCUGGACCUCAGCGUCCGGGCUGGACAAUGUAGGUGGAGACACUCCUUCAGGUACACAGGACCCUGAAGAGUCAGGUGAUAGCUUUAAGCCUGAUUCUGCACAGCUCAUAAACCGCGAAACAGAAUGCAGCAACUCCAAUAUAUUUUGACCUGCCAAAUGUCCAAUAAUGUCCAGGACUUUUAGCCACUGACGGGCCACCUUACAUAGGCAAAGGGUUGCAUUCUGCUUGCUGGGAAUCUAACUUGCGCACAAUCUAGGUCACAUCCCACAGUCACAUAACUAAAUAGCCACCACUGUCCUUCUCCAUCCUACUUGGUUCACAAACCGCACAGCACUUGAUGGUGGUGCUGUGAGAAAGAGGAAGUUCUCAAAACUUUGCACCCAGGAGCUGCAACCGGCAUGAUGUGCCUGAUCACUGCAGCACAUGCUGCAACACAUGUGCUCAUACACACACGUGGAUGAUGCAGCAAUGCAAAUCACAACAGCUCUCCUAUUCGGGCACUUAUUCUCACAAAUGGAGCCACAGACAGUGUUGUUAGGCUGAUCGGAAGGUCAGUGGUUCAAAUCCGCGCGACGGAGUGAGCUCCCAUUGCUCUGUCCCAGCUUCUGCCAACUUAGCAGUUCGAAAGCAUGCCAGUGCAAGUACCGUAUUUUUCGCCCUAUAGGACACACUUUUUCCCCUCCAAAAAUGAAGGGGAAAUGUGUGUGCGUCCUAUGGGGCAAAUGCAGGCUUUCGCUGAAGCCUGGGGAGCGAGAGGGGUCGGUGCGCACCGACCCCUCUUGCUCUCCAGCCUUCGCGCACCUCUCCAGAAGCAGCGGGAGCCCAGCGCUGGGCUCCCGCUGCUUGCGGAGAGUUGCCUGCAUACUGAAGCCUGCGCGUGCUGAGCUCAGCGCGUCCAGGCUUCGUGGACCUCUCCGCAAGCGGCGGGAGCCAGCGCUGGGCUCCCACGGCUUUUAGAGAGAUGCCUGUUUGGGGGCUGGGGUCGGCGGAAGCUCGGGCUUCCCCCGCCCCAGCCCCGCGCCUGGGGGGGAAAUAAUUCCCCCCCCUUUAUUUCCCUCCAAAAAAACUAGGUGCGCCUUAUGGGACGGUGCGUCCUAUAGGGCGAAAAAUACGGUAGAUAAAUAGGUACCGCUGUGGUGGGAAGGUAAACAGAGUUUCUGUGCACUCUGGUUUCCAUCACGGUGUUUAGUCCUGUUGGCCACAUGACUCGGAAAGCUGUCUGUGGACAAAUGCCAGCUCCCUCGGCCUGAAAGCAAGAUGAGUGCCGCAACCCCAUGGUCGCCUUUGGCUGGACUUAACAGUCCAGGGGUCCUUUACCUUUUACCUUUUGUACCCCACCCCUGUGCUCUUCAAAAGCCACAAAACCCAACUAAAUUAAAACUUUGUAACCUAUUGGCCGCUCUCUGCUUUCUACUAUUUAUCGGUUUUGUUCACUUUUUUUAUCUUGCUUGUAAAAUAUAUGUAUUCACUUCUCCUCAUGACUUAGCUCAGAGGUCUGCUUAAAAUGCAAGGGUGUGAUAGAGUAAUUAAUCACAUUGAAGUUGAUGAACCCAAAGUAGGCUAGUAUCACAUAUUUUGCUGUACUGUAUGUCACUCAGUGACAGUCUCAUAAAGACUACAUAUUGGAAGGUACCCAUAAAGAAGCUUUAAUAUAAAGGCUGCUGUUGUUGGGGUUUUUUUUUAGCUCUUAGUCUUCCCUGUGGCUUUUUCAUGAGCACAGAAGAAAUAAGAGCCUAUGGAGAUUGGUGUGCCUUCUUUUUAAGGUCUUAGAUUAUUUUAGUUACAGCCUCAAAUAACAAGUAAGUGUGCCCUUUAUUCACUGGCAUAUCAAAUCACUAAGAGUCAACAAACUUAUUGUGGCAUAAGCUUUUGUGCACCCGACAAAGAGGGGUUUGACUCACGAAGGCUCAUGUCAUCAUACAGUUGUUCCACUAUAUGAAAACUCAGUUUUCAUAUCCUGACAGCUGCUUUGUUUGUGGAAAAACGGCCUUGGAAAGAGCUAAUUUAGAGUGGAGAUUGCAAAUAAGUGUUUUCAAUUUUUUCUUGCCCAGCGUUACUAUUGCAAGGCACACACCCCUCCCUGCAAAUUGCUGUCCCUACCAAGAGGUUCCAGGUUCUCGUGCAUAUUCAGAUACAUAAGUUAGGAACCCUGCACAAAGAGAAGUGACUCAAGGGAAGGAUUUGUAGCAGAAAUACUGUGGGUGGAGAAAGGGAAGCAUACCCUUCUGCUGCCACUUAUUUGUCUAAAUCACCACAUAAUAAAUUUUAUUUUCUGAAAGGAGGGUGGCUGUCUGGAUUUUGAGUAUAACAUCCAGCUCGGGCUUUAUCUGCACUCCACUUGUGAGGGCAGGGCCAGUGUCAGACAUAGACAGCGUUGGGCACUACCAAUGGCCUCCAUCACAGCAGAUGGGCAGGGAUCACAGCAAGAUAGGAAGGUGCCUUAAACCAAGGUCACACACGCACACACCAUAUCUUUAAAGCACUGUUCAAUCACAAUCUAACAGUCAUGGCUUUUUGCAAAGAAUCCUGGGAAGCGUAGUUUGUUAAGGGUGCCAAGAGUUGUCAGGAGACCACUUGCAGGGCUCCUGCACCCUUAACAAACUACAUUUCCCAGGAUUUUUUGGGAGUAUGUGUGUCAGUUAAAGUGACAGAAGGUUGCUUUAAAGUGAUGGUGUGCUCUUGGUAUAAGUCAGCUUCCUAUGUUGCAGUGUAUGGUGUGGCCAUGACCCAAGGCAAUUUUUUUGGUCCCUCCAAAUGAGUAUUGUCAACACUGAUUGGCAAUGGCUCUCCACGGUUUCAGACAGGGCACAUUCCCAGUGAAAACUGGAGCUGCCAGAGAUUGGACCUGAAAUCUUCUGCAUGCAAAGCACAUGCAAUACCAGUGAGCCCUUGAGCCCCUUCACUUUCUCCUCCUUCCUAUCGUUGCUUGUUCACCUGUCCUCUUUGAGCAUGCCAGCAAUGGCAAGACAUAAGAGAAAGAGCAUCAUCUUCCACUUGACUUGAACUCUGUCAGUUAUACGGAUUGGGCAAAGUGCAUGUAUUGCACUGGCGGCAGGUGGGCCCAUUCAGAGGAGACACCUAGCCAACCCCCCUUCCCCCCGAAUGACUACACACUUGCACAUAUCUAACAGAUCCAAGGGAUCAUUUAUCAUGCACAUCUUCAAAGACCUCAGCUCUAAUCUUGACUGACCAUCGAACAAUCAAUCUUAAGGGUUAUAUGUGGACUGCCCAUCUUCCUCAGAGACCUAUAUCCAGGUGUGUUAAUUAUUUUUGUUGCUGAGUAGGCUAGCUGUGCUUCUUCCCAUUCUACUCCACCAGAGAAAAGAGAGGAGUAGGGAUUAUUUUAGAGUCAAGAAAUUGGCUAUUAAGAGUCAGGUAAGAGUUACUGAACUGGAAUAACAAUCAGAGUGUUAGUGGCAGAUAAUAGGCUCUCAGGAAGGACAGCUUUCUUACACAUUCUGGAAAAUGUGUUUGUACCCAUCCCAGAAACUCAUCCCCCUAUCAUCAUUACCUAUAUCUGGGAGAAGAGUCAAUUCCACCAUUACUCUUCUUCCCCCACAUUAUAAAGCAGGUGAAAAUUGUGGGAGUCAAAGGAAUUUGUAACAUCCAGCUAUUCUGAUACUGGUCCAAUAUUAGGGAUUUGCGAACCAGCUUUUUGGAGCUAAAGUUACAGUUCCAAUGCCUUCUUCCAUUCUUAUUCUUAUUUACCCACUUUGUUACCCACAAAGAUAAGAUGGAUGUACAUAAGAGCAAAGGAAGCUGACUUAUACUGAAUUAGAUCAUUGGUCCAGAUAGUCUAUAAUGACUGGCAGAGAUUCUUUCAGGAUUCCAGACAGUGUCUUCUCCCUGGAGAUGCUGAGAACUUAAUCUGGGACCCCAUGCAUGCAAAACAGAUGCUCUACCACAUUACAGGUCCUAAAUGAAAAUGCACUCUGCAUUCACAUAGAUUUCCUUCUUCAAAUUUCCCUCUGUUUGCCUAAGAAUUUAAUUUUCUGAAACAAAGUUUCCUUGCGGGUUUAUUUUAGUGAUUUUGGAACAAAUGUCUAUGUGCUAAAAAAUGCAAAAUCAGCACAGAGGAUUGCCAGAGCAUCUCUCAUCAUCUCAGAUCAAUAACAAACCACAUCUGCUUCUAGCAAUAAUUUCUCCCAUUCUGUCUGAGCAAAGCAGCACCCAGGUAUAAUAUAUGUGUGUGAGAGAGAGGGACAGGCAGACAGACAAAGAUGGAGAUGCACUGUGAUCAGAGAGUGGAUUCACAGAUAACAGGUAUUUGGAGCCACCAAGUAGAUGCAAGAACUACAGCUGCCUUAAAAACUGGAGAGGCUCGGCUGCUACUUGCUUUUUCCCUAGAAAAGUUCACAUUUCCCCACUAUCCCAGAAAAUUUAUUUACAACAAGGAAAAUUUCCCUCACCUUGAUAAUCCAUAUUUAAAUUAUAUGUAAUGAGCAAUACCUCUUAUGUUCACUUCUGGUUAUUAUGCUCAUAGUUGCCUUACCUUUCAAAAGAGCGCACUGCUGACUUUAGACCAAAGUCUUCUUCCUGAUUUUUUGUAUGCUGAAGGCAGCUAAUGGGCACCUUGUAUGCUUACUUAAUUGUAGGUACAGCUCCACAUCUCCCCCUAAAGGGCCCUUUCCCCUUUUACUAAAUCUUGGUUGGAUGCUUUUACAGGACCGGUAUAGUGCACUCAAGUUGCUUCCUUUAAUUUUAAGAAAAGCAGUUAUUUUAACAUUCAAAAUGUGUCCCUUCUUACACCGACGUUUUAUCAGAUUUCUUUUGUGCUGCUAUGUAUUUGCCUUUACUGAUUUAGAGCUGUUUCAGCUUUGUCUCUUGCCAAUUGAAAUUCAAGCUCUUAACACCAAGUUGUGAUUACAUGGUAUUGCUUCUGUUUAUUGACUGUGUGAGCAUGAGUUUAAUUAGCUUCUUGGUGCAAAUGCAGGUAGAAAAAUACACCUUUCAAAUCCCACUGUUUUUCAGUCAUCAUGAAAUUCCUUUGCUGCACCUGACAUGAUAAAAAAGGGCUGCGGCUGGACCCUCCCAGAUGGUCAUAAAACCGGAUUAGAUUUCUGUGUCAAUCGCAUUUGCUGCCAUGCCCAAGCUGAGGUAAUCAGCAAACAGCAUCAUCUCAAAAAUAGUACUGCCAUCAUAGUUAAAAAAGCUGACAAAGAAGCAGUAAUCAUCAUUGUGAACAUUUCAGACAUGAGGCUGAGAGGCAACUCCACCAUGACAUUUUACAGGCCCCAAUUAUCAGAUCCCACUGAGGAAUACCAGAAAGAUCUACACAAUCUGAUGAAGGAAUUUCCUACCAAAGUGCAAAUCAAAAGCCAUACAUCUCAGGAGCCUCAACUAGACAUUUUCUAUUUGCCACCCAAACUACAGAAACCACAACACUUUAGGUGCCCCAUAAGUUUAGGCUUCCAGUACCAUCACAGAUGGGGCGUUUGGAUAUACGGACUCUGUUUGCAGGCCAUAUGCCACCCGUACUCAUGCUUGGUUCUGAAUACAGCCAACUUUCUGAGGAAAUGACAGUCUGGUGACAAGCUUCCAGAACACAAUACCCUAGACUACACCAAUAUUUCCAUAUGAUGGAUAUGUCAUCGCAACACUUAAUCCUAGAUGGAGUCUCUGGGCCACCAGACUCUGCCACUUUGAUACUACAUUCCAUUUGGGACUAGGAGUGAAACAUUUUUAAUUGGACUAAUGGCUCACAUCGGCACUCUGAUGACCCAAAGCAUACAAAGACCAUGGGCUGAUUUAGAACAACCUACUCACCACCUGGUCUCCCAAAGCCUCUUCCGGAAAACACACUCAUACCUAUGUUCCAUGUUCAUGUCUAUGUCUAUGUCUAUGUCUAUAUCUACAUCUAUAUCUAUCUAUCUAUCUAUCUAUCUAUCUAUCUAUCUAUCUAUCCAUCUAUUCUGCUAAUAACAUAUAUAAAAACACAACACAACAAAACAUCAAACAUUUUUUAAAAAAAUAUCAUUUACAAGCAACAAACAAACAAACGAAUAAAUCAAUAGAAAUCAACAGCAACAUCAGACAGUUUACAGUUAUGCCUACCAAACAACCACCAACUCAACCAAACAUUUUAAUCAAUCAAUCCAAAUAAAUAACAAAACAAAAUGGAACCACAAAACAUUUAGCCAUUAUUUGGUCAUGCAUUUAUGACAUCUUACUAUCUGGACCUUACUUAACAAAGAUAGUUUGACAGCUCACCUGUCUGAACCUUCCUCAACCCACAAUAACUGAGUCUUGACUGGUCCUAGAUAGAAUCACUUUCUGAACUACUGUAAAAUUACACAAUGACUUGACAGCAUGUUAUCACUAUACAUAGGAAACCAAAUGUCUGCUACACCUACUUACAUGAUUCCAAAGUGCAUCCAGAACAUGCACUACAAAAUCUAUCGUUUACACCCAAUCUCUAUGUUAUGACCAGAUCAGCCUGAUCAACAAGAAUUCUGGCAAGAUAGGUGCCAAGAACAGGUGACUCACUGCACCAUUAGUCUUCCUCAUCCAUUGAUGGAGAUCAAACCAAGCCAGAUUGGUACCAAUAAGAGGAUGAACUGAAGGAGAAAUGACAGAAAUCCACUGACAUUUUUGGUUCCUAGCUGAAACUGACUCAAAGAUAAUCAGACUAUAGCUUACCGUCAGUCAAUGAUAACUUUGACCAGAGGGCCUCUGGCUGGUGGCCUGGUACUACAGAGUUUCUUAGAUAACACCCCCAAAGCAACCACCACCAGCAACCAUGAAAUAACAUAAUGAGAUCUGGGGGCCAGAAUCACAGUAACCUGAGAUUGGGACCUAUCCCUCUUUCUACUCUGGCAACACUAUUACACUAUCUAAUAGCGUAUUGUGCCAGUCACACCAUAAGUUGUUCAUUCACCUGUUCAUCUUCCAGAGUGAUAUAUGUUAUGUCCCAGCAGUGGCUUUCAGCAUUCUGCAUAGGACAAAUAGCCCAGUCUCUACACAAAAGAACCAAUUAAUGUGUUCCAGGAAAGCUUAUGAAAAAAUAAAUAUACUGUAAUAAAUAUAGUGCCACAACACUCUUUCUUGUAUCUGCUGCAGCAUGCUACCAUGCUGUAAACUCGUAACUUCAGACUGCACAUGGACACAGUAUAUUUUAAAAUAUGUAUUUUAAUAUAAAAAUAACCUUAUAAAUAUUCCCAGUUAUAAACACACAAACCCAAAGAAAACUAGAACGUCAUCAGGAGUUAGUCAAGCCCUCUCCUUCAUGUUCUCCUUUUGUACAUAGAGGGAAGUUUGGGGUUUUAUAUGAUGGAGCACUAAGAAAUAGACCCUCUGACAUGCACAAUGAACUAGCAUGUUCCACAUCCUUUGGUCUCUCACUUUGCUCUGCACAAAGUGAUCUUGACUUUAUCAACAUAGUUUGUUUUGAAAAGAAAAGAACAACCAAUGCUUUGUUGGUGUCAUUCCAGUCUUCCUUCAUAGCCUUUCUCUCAAGACUGUGGCCCACAGACAGGUCACAGAGUAAUUCAGACCUCAAGGACUCAUGUAAUCAGUGCUGGAUUUACAUAUAAGCUAAACAAGCUAUAGCUUAGGGCCCCACUCUCUUGGGGGCCCCCAAAAAAUUUAAAGGAAUAAACCUGAAUGUACAUUUCCAAAAUAUAAGAUAAAAAACAAAUAAAAUAAAACCUAUAGGGACGCGGGUGGCGCUGUGGGUUAAACCACAGAGCCUAGGACUUGCCAUUCAGAAGGUCAGCAGUUCGAAUCCCUGCGACAGGGUGAGCUCCCGUUGCUUGGUCCCUGCUCCUGCCAACCUAGCAGUUUGAAAGCACGUCAAAGUGCAAGUAGAGAAAUAGAUACCGCUCUGGCGGGAAGGUAACCGGUGUUUCCGUGCACUGCUCUGGUUCGCCAGAAGCGGCUUAGUCAUGCUGGCCACAUGACCCGGAAACUGUACGACGGCUCCCUUGGCCAAUAAAGCGAGAUGAGCGCCGCAACCCCAGAGUCGGUCACGACUGGACCUAAUGGUCAGGGGUUCCUUUACCUUUACUAGGCCCCUAUGUUGUAAGUAAUGGGCCCCGCCUGCCAGUCUGCUCCCUAAAAUAUCAUUGGUUUGCUCAUUUCUAUAUAUAGAGUGUCUACAUUCUGCCUGGAUUGGUUGCAUACUUCUUAAUUGUAAUUCAGUUCAACAAUGACUUCUAUAAAACACAUAUUUUAUGUGCAAAUGGCUUUAGAUACCAAUUAGGUCCAUAAAUUACCACAUAGCAUAUAUUCAACAUAAAAAAACAGUGACAAUUUGUUGUUGACAAAGGACAGCUGGACAUAUAAAGGGCCCCAUUACCUUCAGUAGCUUAGGGCCUCAUCAAACCUAAACCCGGCCCUGCAUGUAAUGCAUUUUUUUCAUGGCUCUGCCUUAUACGAUGUUCAGGAACAUCUCUGUAGUCAGAGCUAGUAUGAAACAGGAGCCUAGCACUCUGAGAUGGGCUGCAAACAGCAAAUCCCACUUUUGGUAGCUUCUCUGAAACAGGUGAUUGUUGGUUGUGAUCAACAGGGACGUCUUUACCAUUGGGCGUAGUGGUACGGCAAGCCAGGGCGCCAAGCAGUGGAGGCUGCCAGGAGGAUAGUCCAGGGAGGGGAUAGCGGGGGGGCAAGUGAGGCGGAGCAGGGGCUUGGUGCCUGCGCACCUCCAGCACCCAUCACAGGCAGGAAGGCUCCGGAUGCUUUCCUGCAGUCCGGAGCUCUCUCCGCUGGCUCCGCAAGACACCAGCUCCUCGGCUGUGUGGUGUGUGCUUGUAUCCCAAGCUCUGCGUAUAAUAAACAUGACUCUACCACCGCUCCCCCCAUCCACUCUAUCUCAAAAGAUCCCUGCGCUCGAGGCUACACACCGCAUCUGCUGCCCCCAACUCCCCUUCCCCUGCUUCUCUGCUGCCUUGCACAGAGCCUGCCUCCUCCCGCUGCCCCCACUGCCUCUGCACUCCUUCACACGAACCACGUUUCCUUCCCCUGCCCAAUCCCCUCCCAGUCACACUCUCUCUCUUCCCUUACUCCCCAAGCAAGGAUGGCAAGACUGUGGCUGAGUGAGUACGCUUUUCUGCUGCGGCAAUGCGGACGGCCCAGCUCACUUCGCCUGUCUCUGCCCGGAUGAGACCCCUGCUUGCCUCCCCAUCAUGCCUGGCUGCCCAGCCCCACACCAUGAUCCCACAGCCGGAGCCGAUGCCUGGCCUCAUGCGAGCAGUACAGGGCAGCAGCGCAAGGGCAGAGCAGAGCAGCCUUUCCUAAAAAAGGUCAACAACUCUGGGAAACGGGGUGUGUGUCUGUGUGCCGGAGGGAUCUUCGCACCACAGCGCCGGAUAUGCUUAAGACGGCCUUGGUGAUCAGCAAAGCAUCUGCUGUAGCACUGGGCUACAAACUUCAAUGUCCACAUGUGUAGAAGCUUUUCACUUUCUUCUAUGAAGGGAAAUGCUUAUUUGUCUGCAUUUUAGGCUUUCUAUAUUAUAUGCUAAAACAAUCUCCUGAAUGUGAAGGAAAAUGAGGAAAACCCUGGGCUUAUAGACCCCUAUGCAUGCAUCUGAACUCCUGCAUAACCAGCUGAUUGCUAUGUAGCAUCCAGGACUGAUUUAUUCCCAGUGUCAGAAACAUGAUGCAUCUCCUCAGUUCUGAGAUUGGAUUGAAAAAGGUAACUCAAAAUAGAAAGAGAAAUUGUCCCUUUGUUUCCAUGCCUUUUGAUCAAAGUAGACAUGAUAUAUUUAUUCGCUUAAUUUUUAGCUCACCUUUCAGUUCAAAGAACAUCUCCAGCAUAGUUCCUAGAAAAUAAAAUUAGGCUUUCUAAACCAUUCAAUUAUUAAAACAGCUAAAAUAUCCAAUUACCAUAUGCAAUUCAAAUCACCAAUCAGCCACAGCAAAAAUAAACAGGAGCACAAAGAUAUUUAUUAUCAACUAACUCGAGGCUUUAAGAAACAGAAAUCUUCCCACCCUGGUUCAGCUUCUUAAUGCAGAGAUGAGUUACAUUGGUAGAUUUCCUUAGGCAGGGAGUUCCACGGGGAAGAGACAAAUACUGAAAAGACACUGAUUCUUUUAAGUGCCUUAUGGGCACAAAAAUCUGUAGAGCCCAAAGUAGGACCGAAACUAAUGACCUAAUCAGACAAGGAAGUUCAUACAGGAACAAACAUUCCCUUAACAGCGAAAGCCUAUGCAUGCUUAUUCAGGAGCAUGUCCAAUGUUAUCCAAUGGAACGUGGUCCCAUAUAUGUGGGCACAGAAUGUCAGCUUGGCAGGGCAAUGCGAGGCUUGGGUUGUAUGGCUUGGACAGAGGUGCUGUCAGGGUCGUCUUACCCAUAGACGCUAGGGGUGUGGGGCACCCAGGUGCCAGGCUCUCAGGGGCACCAGGCUGCGAAUCCGGGGCCUGAGAGUUGAGUCUGGGGAAGAGCCUGCCCGUUGGUCAGUCCGAGUGCUGUGGUGGGCUCUUCUGCUGCAGGCGGCUCUGUGCUGCGGGUUCGGGGCCGACUGAGCCAGCAAGACACUAAGGCGGCUGGCUGGCUCCGCCCUCCUGCACGCCUGGGAAUGGGCAACCUGGGGGGGCAGAUCUUUGCACCCUGGCGCCACAUAUGCUUAAGACAGCCCUGGGUGUUCUCCCCACCCACCAGCUAAACCAGCCUCCUGCUAGCCACUACCAACAGAGUGACGCAAGCCUCAGUACAGCAUCCCCCUACUGCCUAUCAAACAGGUAGGUGGCAGUGCCAUCAGUGGGAUUCCCACUCCAGAAAACAGCAGAUGGUCUUGAAAUCAGGCCUUCUGGAGGCAGGGUGAGGCUGAGCUGGCCUGGGAUCCAGUGGAUCCCAAGCUGAGCACACCAAUGUCAUGUGAUGGCAGAGGGCCCAGUCGCUGUGCCAGCUUGCAAACAUUUGUUCCAUCAUGAGUUGUAAAGGUGCAUUAGCAGUGGCAAAAUCCCACCCACUGGGGACAGAAGGUUUGGAUUGUGCUAUAAGAAAUUUUGGGCUGCUGUGAUGUUGUGCAUCCUUCACUUUGUAUGUGAGCACUCAGCUUUUCUCAGAAGUACUGAGUGACAGCUUGGAUCUUUACAAAGGAUUAUUUGAUCUAGGCAAGUUUUCCAGAUGUACUCAAAUUUCCCCUACAAACUCUGAAGGCAACCAACGUUAAAAGUGAGCAAUGCUCAGGUUUCUAAUUAGAGCCCGCAUACUGAAUUUCCCACUGCUUCCUUGGAAAGCUGAUCUUACUUUGAACUAUGUAAUAUCCACACAGAUCAGCUGAAUGUUACCUGACUUUAACCCAUCCUUGAGCAGAAAGGUGACAAACCCUACUGAGAAAUUUGAGCUUAUUUACAUUAAAAAGAGAGGACUUCUCUUUAAAAGUCCAACACAUGUGUUGCCUGAACAGAGCCAUCCAAAACCACCUCAGAUUUUGCUUCAGGCAAAAUCCAGUGGCAGUUCCAUUUCCAAGAUCCACCAGUUUCUGAGGAUAUGUAAACUAAAGAAACCAUUCUGGCUUUUAGAUUUAAUUUUCAAAAUAGGGGGUGGAGAUCAUUAAUGGCACUAGACAGUUAGUGCCAUAACCACUGCAGGGUUCCUAUUUGCAUUUGAAUUUCUAAACAUUUGCAAGAAAAGUAGCAGUAAGAGGCUUUUGAAGCAGUAUAAUCUUUUCCCACCACAAGAAAAAAAAACCUCUUGUCUCUGACAGGUACUUCUUAGGACUGUGUUCAGAUUAACUCUUGCCUUGUGGUGCUUUCCUCAACUCACCAGGCCACUGAGAAGCCUUCUCUGUUUCUUCUCAUGGCAUUUUAAAAUUAUGUGUGCAGAUGAAACACCUAUGAAUGUGAACGCUCAAACUCUCUCUCACAAGUUUCUUGUGUUGUUGUUUUAUUUCCCAGGCACAUAUCAGUUCAGCUCCCUGGAGUCUGCACCACUCGGAACUUCGCUUGGCAGAAUAAAAGCCAAUGACCCCGAUAUGGGUGAAAACGCUGAGAUUGAGUACAGCAUAGCUCCCGGCGAUGGAUCGGACGUCUUUGAUAUCAUCACUGACAAGGACACACAGGAAGGGAUUAUAACUGUCAAAAAGGUUUAUUUUUCCUCCUUCUCUUUUAUUGGACUUAGCACUCCAGGUCUUAGGGUGUGUGUUUUCUCCCAGACAGGAGGGAGCAGAAGGUUCCCUGUGAGGUCAGCUGCAGAGAAGCUAGCAUAUUAUGUCUGUUCUUCUUCUUUUCAUUGCCAGGUAACCGUUAAACUUCAGAACUUGUGGUAUGGGUUUUUUUUUGUUUUGCUUUGAGUAUGUCAGUUCACCUAUAGAGAUAUCCUUGGGAGCUCAGGCCUGUCAGAUGCAUUCAGACAUCCCUGCAUGACAACUUCUGAAGGAUGGAUAUGUCAGGGUAAGGGAGGGUGGUUAGUUUCACAAAGCAGCCCACCAGGUUGCUGUUUUGGUUUGCAGUGAAUGGAGACAGCCAAACUAUGAAAUCUGGUCCUAAAGAUAGAGGUCUGAGGAAUUCCAGCCUCUAAUGAGCACAUUCCAUGGGCAGCUUUUGGUCCACUAAUGAGACCUUCCCUGCUGCCUGGACUCUGUCAAACAGAUAUAUAUAUAUAUAUAUAUAUAUAUAUAUAUAUAUAUAUAUAUAUAUAUAAAAUUGUGUGAACACACAUAAAUUUAAUGUGGACUUAAGCUACUGCUUUCCUUUAAAGGAGAUGGGCACAAAUUGAAAUUGUGUUAGCAAUACUUGGGUUCUAAGGCUUCCUCUCGCCUUACUAAUAAAUAUUUUGAUGGGAUCUUAACAGUCUCAAGCUUUUUUGGGGGAUGCCUCAUCCCUGUGUCCUUCCUGCAUGCCUGUUGGCUGUCUUCUCCAGUCAAAUAGAUGAAGAAACACCUGCAGGUCAAGAAAUUCUGUGGGCAAAUUCCUGUAAGGAACUGCUGGCCCAGGGCAUCAGCUUUCAGGUCUCUCUUGAUCUCCCACUGGCUAGCGUACAGAUGGCUUCUACUCAUAGGUUAUCUUAAAAGACAGAGAGAAAAAUAAUAAUUUGUGUGUCAGAGCAAAUCUAUACCCUGUCUCUCCAUAGUGCAAGGAGGUUGCAGGAUAGACAUAUUAUUUAUCUUCAACAGUGUGGUAUGUGCCUCUAAACUACAGUAUGUGUUAUAGCUCGCAGCUAGGCAGGAGUUAAAUUGCAUGCACAUUAGUAUAUUUGGACAGCUUUCUGCUGUAGUGGGGACCACAUGCCCUACAAACAAUGGGAUAUAUGUGUCCAAUCAAGUUAUCCCAUUAGCACAAGGAAUCCCACAUGUGCAAUGAGACUUCCUUUAUCUCCUCUCCCUGUGCACACCUGAGCCCCCCUCCCAAGACUGUUCUAGGAUUUCCACACACCCCAACCCUCCAGAGCUGAUUGGGGGUUGGGUGGGUGAAGAGAAGAGGGAGAUGAAGUCCUAUUGCACAGGCAGAAGUCCUUACACUAACGGGAUAACUUCAUCAAAUUUAACCCUAUGAGGUUACAAGAGAGUAGUAACCCAAAGCACAGGUUACCCAUAGACUACUAUAACUCUUCACUGGUUCAUAUAUUGAUCCAGAACAGCACUGCAGUACCUUGGUGGAUCAAUGCUCUCCACUAUACAGAUGGACCCUACUUGAACUGUGCCCUUCACACAAGCCAAAUCCACCAAAAUGGAAAGCCUAGAGGAGAUCAUGUGAGAUGGAGCAUGGUCUGCCUAAUCCAAGUGCUCACAGGGCAGGCCCAGUUCAUAUUGGAGGCUGUAUGGAGAGUAGCUUGCACUGCUCCUUCACCUCUGACAAUUCACCAUCAUCUCCCAAGAAAUGUAAGAGCCAUAGUAACAGUCCCCCAAUUAAAUUCACAAGUUUAAGUGACAGCAAAGCAGGAACAGUUUUACUAAAAUUCCAGUUGCCUUUCUGGGUUUAGGUUUACUUUGUCAGUACAACAUCACAUAGUUUUACACUGUAAUUCCAAGGGCCAAACUAAAUGUUAAUGAAUGUGCCAUUCAAAACUCCAUAUUCCCUUUGUAAUAUUAUUAUGGGGGAUUGUCAGUGGCAUUUUCUGGGUUAAGUGGGUGAAUAGGAGGAGAUCUGGGCAAAGCUAAACAUCCUCUUUUCUUUCCUGAUCUUCCCCUGAUGAACAUUUUUUCUCUCUUUGCUGAGUUCAGCUUUAGUUAAAAAUGAGCAUCCUGAAGGUGCCAAGAUUUAUCCUAAAUGAGAACAAUUUCUGGCUCAUAUAUAUAUAUUCCACUGAUUGUUACAGGACUAUGUUUAGAAUGGGUGUAAUUUUGAGUCAACAGCAAUUAGUCAUUGAUUUUGUGGAUUGCAGCUAAUGGUGCAUGCAACAUGCAGUGUGUUUUGGCAGAUCUCAGAGAGAUGAAACAGUGAUUUGUAUUGAUGGAUAUAUAAGAACCAACACACCCACCCCAAACAAAACUUUUAAAAAAUGCCACAGUAGGCAAAAUUAAGUUGACGAGGAGCCUUUAUCAGAGCCAUUAUUAUUUCAGAGAUCAUUAUUGCAGCAAUUAAGGCUCCAAUCCCUAAGCCCAUUCACUUGGGUAAGUAAGUUUCAUUGAUUUCAAUGGAAUGUACUCUGAAAUAAAUACCGGAAUUUUGUAUGAGUCUGGUGCAUAGGUUUUGAAGAUUGGUAUAACAAAUACAUAAUGAUACUUCGCUCUCACAAAUUCACGCUGAAUGGAUGAAUCAAAAUUGUGAGUGUACUUCCCCAAGAUGACAUUGAAAACUUGGUUCACGCAUUGUCUAACAUGUUCAGGUUAUAAGCAAAGUCUGAAAAUGGGCUAUUAUUCACCUCUCUGCUUCAAAAGCUGGGACAAGAAAUAGCAGCCAGCAACUGCAACACAGGCCAAGAGGAGAGGGAAAGUUGCUUGGUGAGAGUUCCCUUUCACAAAAUUUAAACUAUGGAAGUAUCUUCACGGUGGUAAAUGGUGUAUCUGUUAUUGUGGAAAGCAGGAACUAAAACUAAAUGAGUCAAACAUACUAGUACAGUAGUACCUUGGUUGCCAAAUUUAAUCCAUUCCGGGAGUCCAUUUGAUUCCCAGAACCAUUCGAAAACCAAGGCAUUGCUUCCUAUUGGCUGCAGGAGCUUCCUGCAUUCAAUUGGAAGCAAUGGAAGCUGCAUCAGAUGUCCGGCUUUCAAAAAAAACGUUCACAAACCAGAACGCUCACUUCCAGGUUUGCGGUGUUUGGGAGCUGAUUGGUUUGGGAGCCAAGCCGUUGGACAACCAAGGUACCAUUGUACCUGGAAAUGGGAUGUCUCACGUAGGUCUUACAAGACUGGGGAAGGAGAAUUUGCAGUGGGAGAACACACCUAGUGUUGCAUUAUGACUGAGCAGACCCAAGUUCAACUCCCUACACAUUUAAGAAGCUCACUGGGUGACCUUAGGCCAGUCCAAAUCUGUCAGCCUAACUAGCCUCACAAAUUCAUUGUGAGGAUAUAAUUAGAGGAGGAAGGAGUAGGUGCACCAUUUUGAAAAGUGGGACAUUGUAUUAGUAGCUAGCUCUAUGCCUUUUCCACACUGCCUUUAAAAAUUAUCUAAGCACGUUAACUCCUGCCAACCUAGCAGUUUGAAAGCACGUCAAAGUGCAAGUAGAUAAAUAGGUACCGCUCUGGCGGGAAGGUAAACGGCGCUUCUGUGCGCUGCUCUGGUUCCCCAGAAGCGGCUUAGUCAUGCUGGCCACAUGACCCGGAAGCUGUACGCCGGCUCCCUCAGCCAAUAAAGCGAGAUGAGCGCCGCAAUCCCAGAGUCGGUCACGACUGGACCUAAUGGUCAGGGGUCCCUUUACCUUUACCUAAGCACAUUAAAGUAAUAACAAAAAUUUACUAAGAGUAAAAACGUGGCAAGAUACUGCCUUGUUUAUCGUCUUUCCCCCACAAAACACUGUCAGAAAUUGAGAAAAGACCACCGAGAACAUAUUACCAUGUCGUCGUCGUCCCAUCAUUUUGUUGUGAUGGAAUAGAACUGUUGGGAAGCUGUCUUGGUGGAUGAUAGAUAAGAACACAGUAAUCCGCCUUAUAGCAAGUCAGGCCAUUGAGCCCAUGCAGAUCUGUAUUAUCUGCCCUGAAUGGCAGCGACUCUUCACAUUUCCAGUCUUACCUGGAGAUGCAAGGACUGGAACCGGGACCUUUUGCAUGCAAAAUAGGUGCUCUACCACUUAGUAGUAUGACUGGGCACAGGACAGAUAGAAAUUUCGGAGUUAGAGGAGGAAUGGCAGAUGAAACUGAUGGACUAUAUGGAACUGGCGGAAAUGACUGGUAGAAUCCGUGACCAGGGAGAAGAGUCGGUGGAGGAAGAUUGGAAGAAAUUCAAAGACUAUCUGCAGAAACAUUGCAAAAUUAAAGAAUGUUAGAGUGAUGUUGGAUUAAAAAUAAGUGGCUUCCAGCUGUCUAGGAUUUAAAAUUACGGAUAGAUUAAGAUUAAGGAUUAGGAUUUAAAAAGUUUAAGGAAAUGGAAAUUUGGUUUUUAAAAGGUAAAAUUUUAAUGUUAUAUUAUAGUAAGAGUUAAGAUUGGGAUUAAAAAAAAGAGGGAAAGAAAUUGCUAGACAAACAAUUUGAACUGGAAUACAAAAGAGGGAGGUACGAGGAGGUCCAGAAAAUAAGUAAAUUUAAAAAUGGAGAUGAAAAGAUGAUACUGUUUUUAAUUGUUAUACUUUCUUUUUUGUCUUUUGUUUUCUUGUUUUUUAUUUUUUAUUUUUCCUUUAGAUUAUAUAUUGUAUAUUUUGAAUUGUGUAUUUCUUUUUUAUGUUUUAUGUUUAAUCUUUUAUUGAAACUUUAAUAAAUAUCAUUAAAAAAAAAAAGAAAUUUCGGAGUUAGCAAAAAGAUUUAUAACAAGUGGUUUCCAACAGUACUAGUUCUACUUCGUUAUCCUUCUGAAAUGUAGUUGUUUUUCUAUGUGACAUUCUUUUCCAUUUCUUCUCCCCCACCCCACCUUUGACUGCAAGCAAUUAGAUUUCGAAAAGAAGAAUCUAUAUGCCCUAAAAGUGGAGGCAACCAACGUUCAUCCUGACCCGCGAUUUUUCUACCUGGGACCAUUUAAGGACUCAGCCUUGGUCAAAAUUUAUGUGGAAGAUAUCGACGAACCACCAGUGUUUAGCAUACCUUCUAAUUUACUAGAAGUAGAUGAAGAUGCCAGGGAAGGUAGUAUCAUUGGGCAAGUGGUAGCUCAGGAUCCGGAUGCAGCAAGGAACAUAAUAAAGUAAGUCAACUUCCACAAACAGUGCAAAUAGGCAUCAAGUGUGCAAUGUCCUUGCAUUUCUCUAACGAAAGAAAAAGAAAAAAGGGAGGCAUAAAACCUUAAAUCUUGCUUAACAGCCAUUGUUGAAAUCUCGUGAUUUGAAGAUAUUAUUGAAGUGCUUACUAAUUUCAAUAAGGAUAGGUCCACAUUACUAUAGUUAUUGCUAUUAAUGUCGUUAGCAUUUUAUUAUUAUGUGUUACACUAAGGAGGUCAGAAUGGAUUAUGUAUGGUUCUUGUGUGCCACUUUGAGCAUUAUUUGGAAAAGUGACAUAUAAGUAAAUUGGAUGAAGGUAGCUCAAAAGUAGUCUCUUAUCAAGGCAACUUAAAAGGCCAAAAUCUUCAGCAGUAAAACUGCAACAUGUGAUUUCCUACCAUUUUUCUAGACCAGUCCAAAUAUCACUUCUUUUUGAAUAGUUAUGUUUACUUCAGUGGAAAUUCACAUAGCUGUUUUGUUGUUACAGAGUUGUGAAUUUCAUUAUUUGAUGCAUAACUCAGUAAGAAUCUUGGUUCUUCACAUUGUGUUUAUAUUUUAAAUGAUAUGUUCAGUUCAUAGAUUCAUCUAUUUCAGUUAUAAUAUUACAGAGCUUUUACAUCUGGCAUUCAGUUGUUUGGAUGUUUGGAUUCUGGUUUCUUCCCAUCUUUUACUGUAAGGUUCAACUCCAUUUUGAUGUAAAAAUAUUUAGUAACGUAUUUUGGGUAGCACAGCAGUUAGAUUUUGUGUGUGUGUGUGUGUGUGUGUGUGUACUUAUAUACUGGUUAUAAAGUGCACUAUUUUAAACCUCUGUUAAAUGUUCAAAAAAUUAAUUAAAAUCACAGUAUGACUAGAAGACCAAGAGGCAGCCUGUGUUGUAAUUUGACAGAUAUACUUUGGAUCGGCACACUGAUUUGGACAGAAUAUUCAACAUCCACUCAGGAAAUGGGUCCAUAUUUGUCUCAAAGACACUUGACCGAGAAGCGGCCCCAUGGCACAAUCUCACUGUCAUAGCAACUGAAAUCAGUAAGUGGCAGGUGCAUCCUGUUGCAUGGUUUUAAGUGUUUCCAUAUAUAUAUAUCUGCACAAUAUCACACCCAGUACUGCAACAAUAUAUUCUGGGCAGUAUCCAACUAAAUAGCUAUGUUAGUGCAAUGACUUUUAGCUGCACAAUGUAACUUCCACACCACCCUAAAUCUGCUCUGAACUUCCCCCCAACCCUCUGGAGAAGAUAUAGUUGACAUGUGGGGAGGUGUGGGGAGAGUAGCAGGUGGGGCAAUUACUUCAUAUAGCUAAAAGUUGUUGGGGUAGUGUAAAUGUUUUGUUAGACAAUCCCCACGUGUCACAUAUAGUACUGUAAUAUAUGUCAUUUUAAAAUUUUACAGAUCCAUGCAAAACGUAUUGUUACAGUUUAACACUUAGACUGCAAUUCUAUGUUCACUUCUCUGGGUGUAAGCCCUGCUGAACCCAGUGGGACUUAUUUCUGAGUAGACAUGCAUAGGGCUACAUUGUAAAUCGUAAAAGAGAAUAUGCUGUUUAUAGAACCACCCAGGGUUUGAAAUGGUCUCUUGUGUGUUACUGUAGUUUUUAUCAGGGGGUUCAAUAACAACACCUAAUAUAUCCUCUUAUGAGAUGGUUCCCCAGUCAAUAUUUAGAGGCCCUUUUGUGUAUCUUUCUUGAGAGGUCUAAUAGAUCUAUUGCCAAACUGGUAGCAAAAUAUGUGUAUGUUGUCAUGUCUCUUAGAUCUGCUCAACACUCUCUCUCACUCUCUCUCUAUCUCUCUCACUCUCUCAGUUCUAUUCUGGCUGUGGGAGGUAGAGAAAGAGUGAUGAGGUUUGUAUGGUGCUAAUACAUUGACAGAGCCAAUUUGGUAUUCUCACAGAUGUGUUUGCACUGCAUUGACCUCGUUUCUGCCUUAUCCCACCCCCUCUGAUUCUCAGUAUGCAGCAGUCACAUGAAUGACCAUAGGUCAUGUGAACAGUGGCUCCCCACCAAGCCACCCACAACUGGUAACAGCCCAAGAGUUUCAGCAAUAAACUUAUUUCCUUCUGAAAAAUGAAGUCUCUGGCAGAUGAAGAUACAGGGGAAGGUUGGAACCCCAAACACCAACCUUGCUCUGUUUUCAGAUAUAAUGCACAAAACCUUGGUGACUAUCUCCUUUCUUGGGAAUGGAGGCUUCCCCAAGUGGGAAAGUCUUCUGAUCUGUGAAGGUACACUUCACAGUGUACCUUCAGCCUUCAGGCAGGAGACUACCCAGUCCCUGAGAAGGCAGAGCUUUAAACGUAGUAGUAGUGCAGUGAAAGUAAAGGGGGCAGAUUAGGGAAGCUCUGGUGGGCUAGCAGCUCAACGACUUGCUGGGGAGAGAGUAGGGAUGGGCUGUGCUUGUGUCCUCUAGCUGAGAUUCAGGUAACAGCCUUAAUAAAUAACAAGAUGAAAGAUAAAAAAACAACAACAAGGUAACAGCCUUGUUAGAUUGCAAUUCCAUUCCCCUGCUCUGCAUAUGAAUGUACACAUACACCCUUUGUUCCUUGACCCGCCCCUCCAGGAUUUGGGGAAAACUUGGGAUGGCUUUUUAAAAAUAUAAAUUAUGUACUUCUGCAAACCUUGGGGUUCUGCCAGAUAUGCUGUUUCUUCCCUCUGGCAAGGUGGGUGGUUUUUGUUACAUAAGGAUCAGCACUCACACUGCAACAUCAGAAAUAGUGGGAAUUAUGGUGUAAGAUUGUGGCUAUUGUUUCUGUUUCAGGCAACCCCAAGCAAAGUACCCAGGCUCCCAUUUUCAUCCGGAUUUUAGAUAUAAAUGACCACGCACCAGAAUUUGCCAAGUACUAUGAAACUUUUGUUUGUGAAAAUGCAAAAGCGGGACAGGUAAAUGCAUAUUUACUGUUACCAACAAACUUGCAGAUGAAAUCUCAACACUUUCUGCACUUAGAUCAAUCCAUAGUGGCAGUCUGACCUGUGCUUGAUUGGUAGAGAUGGGGGAAAGGGUCAUAUUUUUGAAUCCCCCUAAUUCACACAUUUUGUUUGUCUAAGCAUUUUGAUUUCAUCUCUUUUAUAGCUGGCCACACUGACUAUUUGAUAAAAAGGCAGUAUGUAAAAUUACGAUAAUAAUUGAAUACGUGUUCUCCUUUGAGAGGAAGAGUGGGAUAUAAUUACUACUACUGCUACUACUACUACUACUACUACUACUACUAAUAGACAUAACAACAUUUUACGACUGUGGAAAAAAAGUUACUAAAUUAAUUGUUCCAUUCUAUAAACCAGUGGUUCCCAAUUAGCUAAGCACUGCAGACCCCCUGUUUUCAAGGGCCAAACCAUGGAUCCCCUACUUUUCAAAAUUUUGAUAUCUCUAUGGUAGCUUUUGUUAUGUAUUAUAAGAAAUAAUAAUUAUAAUGUGAAUGGUGCCAUGGACUCCCUGGAGUCCGCAGACCACCAAUUGGGAACUACUGCUCUAAACUGAUAUGUGUCUAAGGCAGGGGUAGUCAACCUUUUUAUACCUGCCCACUAAUGCAUCUUUCUGGAUGGUAAAAUUUCCUUACUGCCCAUCAGUGCUCGAUGGAAGGAGGAUUCAGCUUGUGCCAUAGAACCCCCUACCACCCACCUGGAAUCCUGAAACGCCCACUAGUGGGCAGUAGGGACCAGGCUGAACCCCGGUCUAAGGACUAUACAGUCGUACUUUGGAUUCCAAACACCUCGGUACUUGGAUGUUUUGACUCCCAAAUGCUGCAAACCCGGAAGUGACUGUUCCAGUUUGUGAAUGUUCUUUGGAACCUGAACAUCCGACGGGGCUUCCGUGGCUUCUGAUUGGCUGCAGGAGCUUCCUGCAGCCAAUCGGAAGCCGCACUUUGGUUUCUGAAUGUUUUGGAAGUCAAAUGGACUUCCAGAACAGAUUCCGUUCGACUUCCAAGGCACAGAUUUGACUAUCAUCUAACUAAUGCAGACUGCUGUGGGGUUUUUUGUCAGAAGCAAAAGCAAGAAGGCAAUACUUCUUUUUUAAAAGGAGUUCUACUUUCUUGAUAUUUCAAUAUUACUGCAUAUGACGCAAAUCUGUAUUCAAGACCCAAUCAUUAGUAUCUGGGUCCAUUUUGCCUAUCCAAGAUGCAUCCACACCAAGACCGCUGAAGGGAAAAUAUUGCAGCUUGAAAGAGACCUAGGCUUGAUGAGGGGUUUCAGGGGGUGUAUCCAACGCCAGGCAGGUAAUCAAUAUCUGCCUCAGGGUGAACAGGUAGAAUUACAUGCUUUGGCUAAAAUUACUUUGAUACUUCGUGUAUAUUUUUCAAGGUAAAGACUGUCAAAGGGUUAGUUAACGAUAAGCAUGGGGGAGGCUUUUGAUUCAGUUCACAUUUAAAGAUGAACCAGCCUAACUCUCUGAAACAAAGCACAAACCAUAACACAGCCACCCUUCAAAAUUUGCACUUUUCCUAAUUCUUGGAUAACAAAACUGCAUGGACAGUGUCUCCAUCCUAAUAAAGACACAUGCACAAUAUCACUAUUUAAACUUAGUUCCAAAAUGCACAUCACCAUAAAUAAAUUCUAGUUUGCUGUGCAUCAAUGGUGCCCCGAAUCCAACACAUUAGCUUGCCAAGUUAUUGUACUGUGUGAUUAAAAAAAAAAAGGUAAAAGGUGUGGUAUGAACAGUCCACAUCCUUCUUUUUGCAUCUCAUGAUACAGUAGUCAAAUAAGAUUCCUAUGCUUUGCCUUUAUUGUGGACAUUCAUUGUGUACUAACCAAAUGCAUCAUCUUCACUUAAUUAUUAGUGGAAAGAUUAUGGUCUUCAAAUCUUGGAAAAACUGAAAGGCAGGUUAUUGGCCUUCACAGCUUCAUAAUAGUCUAUGGUUAUACUUGCUCAGUUGCAGUGUUGGGCAACACAGAAUAUCAGACAUUAAAUAGACAGAUGUUUAAUGAUACAGCAUCUCCAAGUGACUCCAGCUCAAUUCUUAUUUAACAUGAGAAGUAGGGUUGCUGAUAUCCCUUGCUUCUAUUUCGUGCUGGUCUGGGAAUGCACAGAAGUGUAAAAACAACAUGGAGUCCAAGGCUGGAUGCAGGAGGUAUGAUUUGAGUGGUUUCCCCUAUGGUUUAUGUAAUUGCAAUGAAGGCAGGAAGCAGACAACACACUGGCCCCAUAAGCCUCAGACCUUUAACAGUGCAACAAAUGUACAGGCUUGAUGCACACCAAAGUUUUUUGAAGUGUUGACUACAAUAGAUGCACCUCGUUAGUAUAGCUUUGUUUUUCCGUUAUGCAUAAAUUUACACUGCCGCUGCUUCAGCGAGAAACCAACUUUCUUAUUCUUAAAUACUGAAGAUGCAGAUAAUGAGACACCACACUAGAAAAACAUCUUCGCAAGUAAAACGGAUAAAUCAGACAUUCCCCCUCCCAAAUAUAUAUAUAUUGGUGAUGGCACUUAACAGCCACACAAUGACAUAGGAGCUGCAAACUUCCAUUAACAUUCCCUACAUUUUCAGAGUGAAGGUGGAAAUACUUGUAGCUCACUUACUUAAAGGUACAGUGGUACCUCAGGUUAAGUACUUAAUUCGUUCUGGAGGUCUGUUCUUAACCUGAAACUGUUCUUAACCUGAAGCACCACUUUAGCUAAUGGGGCCUCCUGCUGCCGCCACGCUGCCGGAGCACAAUUUCUGUUCUCAUCCUGAAGUAAAGUUCUUAACCAGAGGUAAUAUUUCUGGGUUAGCGGAGUCUGUAACCUGAAGCGUAUGUAACCUGAAGCGUAUGUAACCCGAGGUACCACUGUACAUGAAACAACAUUUGGGGCCUCAUGAUCAAUCAUAGUUUAUCAUGGUGGAAAUGAACUGCUGUGAACCAUUUUUUUUUUUAAGAAUAAUUUUUUAUUAACUGACCAAUCACAUCAAAUCAAACCAAAUUACAUAAAUUCCAAAUUACACAGCCGAAUUUUAAUUUUUUGUUGGGGGUACCCAUAUUUCAAGUUCCGAAGCGAUCCAAUCAACUUCUUGCUUCUUACUGCUGUUUUAAUGUCCACAAAUCUAACCUUAUGAUGUUCACAGUACUAUCCAGUCCUUUCUUAUUAUUUUUCCACAUCUCUUGUUGUUAUUUUCAUAUAUUUUUCCUUUCUCUUUGUGACCUCUGAUAGUCUCCGCAAGCUGGUUAGAACAGUUUGUGAACUGCUGUGAACCUUGGCUGUUCCUCCUCUUCCUAUGCUCCUGUGAGUCAGAUGGCUCUCAUAUCUGCUAUGCCACACUGACUUACACAUUUUAAUAUACAUCUGCUCCUCAUGUGACAUAAAAUUCUCCCUACCACUGGGAUAAUGUAGAUAACUAAAGUAUCACAUUAUGAAGCUCACCUAAGGAUAGUUUGGGAAUCUUCAGUGGCUAAGUCAAAAGGCUCAUCCACACUCCCAUUAGCCUUGUUGCUUUCCCCUGGGGAAACCCGUGGUUAAGUGCUGAAUCCAAACAACCACCCAUCAGGUUUUCUGCACUUUUCUCUUUAUUCCAAUUGAGUGCUCAAGGUUCUCCAGGAGGAAGCAAUGGGGCAAAGGGAAAGCUGCUCACAGCUGUGCCUAGAAACCAUGUGACAAGUGGAAAACCCAUGCAUCUAGGCAUGGAACAAGCGGAAAUGUGGACGAGCAAAAAGUAUGGAAAGAUGUGUGACUCAGAGCCCUUCCACAUAUAUCAUAAUUAGUGGUAUCAUAUAUAGCGGCAUAUAUCAUAUAUAGUGGUAUGGCUACUGGGGUGUGCUUUUUUUGGGGGGGGGUUGGAGUCUGACAAAUAACAUCAUCAUUCAUCAGCUAGUAUUCCAGAAUAUUGUACCAGCUCCACCCGUUGCUUUUUUUUUCUACUGAGGGGAAAAAACCUGACUUUUGUGAAAGAGCCAGAAUCGAUCCUCAAUAUUUACAUUUGUGUGGCAUCUGUACAAGCAUUGUCCCAGAUUGUGUGUGGAGGCAGUGGCAUCACAACAGGGGUGUGCCCUGGUUGCCAUGUCUGGGGUGAUGACAAGAAGGCACCCUGCGGGGGCUCGGCCCACUGCGGCGGCAUGAGCAGCCAUCGUGCCGCUGCAUCCACAUGUGGAGAAUCCUCCGUUCGUGGAUGCAGCCACAAGCAGAGGAUCCCAGCGCCGGCGGCAAACCACUAUGUACAGCGCAUGUGUUGCAUCGCACACAUGCACUGUACAUAACGACAACGCCCAUGUGCUGUACAUAGCGGUUUGCCGCCGGCGCUGCUCAAGCGCCAUGUGGACAGCGGUGGGAUCCCUCCGUCGCCGCUACAGCCGCAUGUAGAGGAUCCUCCAUUCACGGCUGAAGCCUCGAGCAGAGGAUCCCAGCAGCGUCCGUAAUGCACUGGAGCGGCUGCAAACUGCUAUGUACAGUGUAUGUGCUAUGUACGGCGUAUGAGUUAUACGUAGCGACGCUGCACAUGCGCCCUACAUAGCAAUGCCCCACCCUGGGUAUCACAAUGCCUUCGUUUGCCCAUGUGUGGAGGGGUUGGAAUGCGGUUCAGCUUUCAUUUAAAGUUGAUCUUACCUAAUUCACACUUUCCAGAACCAGGGCUUUUUUCAGCCGGAACUUGCCGGAACUCUGUUCCUAAUGGCUAUUGCCAUUCUAAGAGAAUGAGGGAUGUGUUAAUUGUGAGUUCUGACACCUCUUUUUCCAGAAAAAUAGCAUUGUCCAAAACCAUAUGCGCAGUGAAACACAGGAAUCCUUCAAAAUCCCCACGUCACCAAAUUUGACAAUGCAGUUCCCCAGCCAUGUGUACAAAAAUGCAUAUACUAGGGUAAAGAGUUUACAAAAAAUGCACAUAUUCAUGAAAAUAACACAAAACAUAUCAUGUUGGGGGGAAAUGCUUUGUGGAAAUGUGUACAUUAGGAAACAUUGCUUACUAUUGUCUAUAUUGGGAGAAAAUCACACAAAAAUGCAGAUGAAUUCCCCUGAGGACCUUUAAAUGAGGAUUUCAAACUGAUGUGGAAAUGUGGAGAAGUGACUUUAAUAUUGGGAACAUGAGAAACUGAGAGAAACCAUAACCAACAGAUUCACCCAUCCCACACUGGGGGGCCUAAGAGCCUUAUGAUAAAUUGUUAGAAUUUGUCUUCUAGUUAGACAUUUUCUCCUUGCAUUCCUCAAGGCAGUAAUUGCAGGGAUCUAAUUACAUCCCUUUUUAAUUAACUUGCUUAUCUUAGUUUUGUUGUUUUGCAGACCUCUACAAAGGGGAAGUUUUCUCUUGCUGUUUUGAUGCUUAUAUGAGAAGACUUUUCCUGUAUACUUCAAGAAAAAUUGCAGGGCUUGAUCAUGACACAGAGGUUGAAAAUGCUGACAGCUAUUUGACCCCCUACACCCUCAUCUAAGCC